CAAGAAUCACCUCGAUUAACAUUUCUAUUUUCCAUUGGGCAGUGGCGUGGCUGCUGCGAACCUGUGAUCCCGAGGGAGCUACGUUAAUGGCGGCAUCGUCACGCCGAAGCUUUUACCUUACCAUAAGGGAUAUAAGAAAUUCACCGAUUGGCUCAAAGGUGAACCUAAUUGCGAAGGCCAUAGAGAUCGGUGUCCCCAGGAAGUCCGGAGGGAGCGAUUAUUUUCUUACAUUGAAAUUGGUUGAUGAAACGGAGCCAACUCCAGGCUUUUCUGUGAAUAUUUUUGAGGAUAACCUUGAAAAGCUACCUAGAAUCAAAUUUCCUGGUGACAUAAUCAGCCUUCAAUGCGUCGAGUUGAACGUGUAUGGGGGAGAUUUCUUUUGUACUUUUAAAAGAAGAAUUUCCUCAUUCGCAUUGUUUGACGGGAAAGCUGGCGGAGACUUGACUCCCUACCAAACGUCGUUGACUAGAAGGUUUUUGGCUUCCAAUGCUGAUGAAAAACUAGUGCUGCAGUUGAGGGCAUUGUCUUUGAGACAUCAACAAGAAGUGUUCAAAACAUUAUUGUUGUGUAACAUUGAAUCGGAUAAACAAUUGGACAUAGUAUGCAAGGUUCUUGACGUGUAUAAAACUUCUACUAAUGACUGGAUAGUUCUUGUAUGGGAUGGGACAGAUUCUCCCGUAUUGCUUCAAAAUGAUUUGGAUAUGGAAGCAAAAUCUCCAAUUCGUCCUGAACUAUAUGAUCUUCCAAGAGAGGUUUUACAUGCACUUCCAAAGAUGGGAUCUAUCGUAGAAAUUUUUGUUGACAAAGUCUUUGAAGGCAUUUACCUGCUAAAAGGUGGUGGUCACUGGGUUAAAUUUUACAAUAUUAUUUUUAAUAUUCGAUCAGGUGUGUGGAGAGGUGUGGUGCAGAGUCCUAGCAAAGUUCGUAUCGUUUGUGCUGCAAAUUCUGAUGUACUACACAGAAAAAGAAUUUAUGAAGAUCGCCUUGCAUCUUAUGAGUACUCGCCUCUUUCAAGCAUUUGCAAUCCACCUCUUACUGUAACAGAUUCUGUGCUUAGCGGAUACUCAACAUUGAGGGCGUCUCUGACUCAUCCUGAGGUAGUUCAUGUAUUCAGAAGCAUUGUUAGAGUAAUUGCAUCGUAUCCUUGGCGAGCUGGAGACCUCUGUUCACCAAAUGGGCGCUAUAGAGUUAGAUUAACGCUAGAAGAUCCUACUGCAAGAAUUCAUGCAUAUAUAUAUGAAGAAGAUGGAGAGAACUUUUUUGGUGGAUAUCCCGCACAGGAUGUUUUAACCAGAAAAAUGAACAUGCUGCUUGGGAUGGGAGAUGGUGCAGCUGAUUGUUCCACUAAAAGGAACCCACCCUGGAUUUCGUGCUGUUUGAUGUCUUUUUUCAUCGACUCCAAUAACCCCCUCAAAAGUAGGAGAUAUCGAAUCUUUGGUACGACAAUGAUUGGGUGACGCAAACUAAACUAUGGUUUGCAACUACUCACAAAGAAAGCACUUAGCGUACGGGAUGUGACAUUUACCAUAUGGUCUCUCAAGUUUGCUUUUUGGGGUUCAUAAGCUUUUGUUGGUUGAUUGUGUAUUAAUGUGUGUGUGUGUGUGUGUG